UAUUAAAUUUUGUUUCAGGUGUUAUUACUACCCUAAAAUGAUAUCCUUGUGCCCAAAUCCAGUCUAACUUACACCGACUUUCCAAUAUUCUUCGAUCUACAUAUUUUCAAUAUGUCUGAGUCAACUCCAAUCUGUCGAUGUCGAGUUCUUUACCUUGGUUCCAGCGUUCCACAACAAACCAAGGAUGGUUUACAAGGAAUUCAAGAACCGCUACAGGAGCUUUAUCCUGAUCAAGGAGCGACCGGAGCCAAGGGUAUCGAUUCUUGGUUAAGCGUGUGGUCGAAUGGAAUUUUAUUAGAAAACGUGGAUGAAAAUCAUAAGAAAAUAACAAGGUUUUUUCCCAUUGAGAGCUUGCAUUAUUGUGCUGCCGUUAGAUAUGUUUUGGUACCAGAAAAGAAUACUCUUCACAGUCCAAAUCCGCGUUUUUUGCCCUUAGAUUCACCUUUUGCUCGCACUCCUAAUCCUACGCACCCCCCGCUUUUUGCUGCCAUUUUAAGAAGAACCACUGGGAUAAAAGUUCUCGAGUGUCAUGCUUUUAUCUGCAAAAGGGAAGUUGCUGCUAACGCUUUAGUAAGAUGCUGUUUUCACGCCUAUGCUGACUCUUCAUACGCCAAACAAGUUGACACAGCAGGAAGCAUCUAUGGAACUCUCGCUUCUGAACGGUUAUCUAGUAAAGAAAAGAUAGAAGAAUGGAAAAUAGAUAGAUCGCAAUCUGGAUCUAUAAUGACAUUAAAUACAAUUGCAAACAACAAUCACAAAGAUGAUAUUAGCAUCUACAAUGGUGAUGAGAAUCACAAAGUUUGGGCAGGUUCCCAGGACAACUUGGAUGGAAUUUAUGACAUUUAUUCUAGUAGUACUAUUUCGAGACCUUCACGCCCUAGGCAAAUUUGUCAACCAGUAGCUGUACCACCCCCUCCUGUGAAGGACAAAAAGAAAAAAAGUAAACAGAAAUCAUUAAGUGGAUCAAAAGAAGAUUUAUACCAUCCUGUUAUGAAUGGUAAAGCGAGUAGUGUAGCAGGGUCAAUGACGAAAGUUCGACAAGGCGGUCCGCAAAUGGGAGUACCUCCUCCUCAACCUAUUUAUAUUAUGACUCCACAUCCUGGAACGCUGCCCAAUCCAAAGUUUUUUAAACAUCACGGUAAUACAUUUUCUCAUCGACCAAGAAGCAAAGUUCUUAUCCCUGCAAGGCCGAUACCGCCGCCAUUAGUACCAGUAGCACCAAUAAUUUACCCUACAACAUUUCCCAAGAAUAAAAAGAAACAAAAACAUGUAGAGGAACCCAUUUACAUGCCAAGCAAUAGAGCCCUAAGUCCAGUAGCCAGUUAUCAACCAGUUAAUUUUCCUCACGAGGCCUACUUAAUGCAACACUACGCCACUAUGGAAUCACAAGGAAAGCAGAAAAGUAAAAAUAAAGAGAAAACCAUCGAGAAGGCAAAAAUGAAUAAGAAAUUAGCACAAAGUAUGAAUGGAUUAGAUGACCCUAAUUUAGAUAAUGACGAAAGUCCUUUUAAUACAGGAAUCUAUAAGAAGAAGGGCCAUCUCAACGAGAGGGCCUUUUCUUAUUCUAUCAGGCAGGAGCAUAGAAGUAGGAGUUACGGAAGCUUGGCAAACUUAAAAUUUGUCACCCCUAUUCCCAAUGGACAUGAUGUAGAAGAUAGAGAAGAUAUAAAAAAAGAAAGAGAAAUAAUGCAAAUGGUACAAGAUUUGGAUCUUUCCGGAGAGGAGUUGGAAAGAUCUGAAGUACCACGAGGUAUGUAUGAAGCCAGAGCCGUUCCACCCAGCCCUGUGAUUGUAUCUGGUUCGCAAAUGAAUGGUAGAGGUCAUUGGAGAUAAAAGCUUGGUAAGAAAAGGAUCCUACUUUUAACAUACCAAUUGGAAAACAGAUGAACGUUCAUUUAUAAUAAUAUAAAAGAUUUU